AUGUCAUCCACCGCUUCUACAGUUAACGUCGGCUGGUCGGUCUCCAAGCCCGAGCAGAAGAGCGGCGUUGCACCUGCUUUCUACCAGACAUUGCCUCCACCACACUGGUCCAAUGUGCCAAAGCCUUCGGAUGCCUCUGCGGCGCUUGACGUCUCGCGAAGAAAGUUCCAGUCGCCCUGGCCAUCUGCCUCAGCUCAUGGCCUUCUCGGAUUCCUCCGUGCUCGACUAUUCGACUGGGACGAGGUGCCUUUGCCGCCCAAGACAGCUUCUUCGGCAGGUGGAGCUAUUCUGCCGCCUGUGAACAAGCCUACAUGGACAGCAUCCGAUACCGAUACACUAGGCUCGGACGAGGAGAGCAUCAUAUUCACCUGGCUCGGUCACGCCAUCUGCCAUCUACAAAUUCCUAUCGGCAACGGUCGAAAGAUCACAGUUCUCUGCGACCCUGUUCUCUCUCGACGUGUUUCUCCGGUACAGUGGUUUGGUCCUCAAAGAUAUACGGAUGCACCCGUGAGCGUCGAAGAAAUCGCCCAAGCUACCGAGAAGGAAGGCAAGAACGCUUGGCCCGACCUCGUCGUCCUCUCGCACAACCACUACGACCACACCGACUACACCACGAUUCAGAAGCUGCUGAAUCCUUCCUCCUCGCACAUCAAACGUCCACAUGUCUUCUGUACGCUCGGCACCAAGCCCUGGUUCCAGUCGAACUUCGGACUGACUGAUGCCGAGGUGACCGAGUGCGAUUGGUGGCAGCAGAGCACCGUUUCGUUGGGCGACGAGGCAGUACUCAAGCUUACUUGUGUGCCUGCACAGCACUUUUCCGGAAGAGGCGCGUUUGAUCGUGACCGCACACUUUGGGCAGGCUGGACAUUCCACGCCCUAUCCGCGACCUCAAACAAAGCGAGCGUCUACUUUGCCGGCGACACCGGUUAUCGUUCCGUUCCGAGGGGAAUGCCAAAGCAACAAGAAGAUUCAUUGCCCACUUGCCCCGCAUUCAAAGAAAUCGGGGAAGCGUUGGGGCCAUUCGACGUGUCACUCAUCCCUAUUGGAGCGUAUCUGCCACGGAGCGUCAUGUCGACGGUUCACCUCGCGCCGCAAGAUUCGGUGCUCGUCCACCGCCAAGUCAAAAGUAAGAGAUCCUACGGAAUUCAUUGGGGAAGCUUCCGGUUGACGCCGGAAGACGUCAACGAACCGCCCAAGCUGCUGGCAGAGGAAGCCAAGCGUCAAGGGAUCGAUCCAAAUGAAUUCGCGACUGUUCAGAUUGGAGAGAGCGUCUCGAUCGCCGUCGGGCCUUGCAUCCCCAUUAGCGCUUCUGAGCAUGUAAAACAAGACGAGCCGCUUCCCGAAUCCAAGUUGGGCACCAAACAGCACUGGGACGAUGUCUACGCACGUGAGGUGACCAACUUCAACGAGAUCGGCGAAGAAGGCGAAGUGUGGUUCGGAGAAGAUGCCGUCAUGCGCAUGAUUCGAUACUUGGAACGGUACUAUACCGAGACUGUGGCCGGCACGUUCUCGUGCGACGCUAGCGCUCCCACCGUAUUGGAUCUGGGCACGGGAAACGGCCACCUGCUAUUCGAGAUGAUCGAGUCGUCGGCCGAUCUGGAAGAGAUCAUCAGCGCCGAUCGUUUGGUCGGCAUCGACUAUUCUGCCGCUUCGAUCGAGUUGGCCAAAUCCAUCGGCGUUAAGCGUGGAGGUGAUUGCGAAAGGGUUACUUUCACCACCGCAGAUCUACUCGAUUCAUCCUCAGUGGAAUCCCUACUCCACCUUCCCACUUCGCAACUCGGCGCCGCCGAUCAAGGAUGGGACCUUGUUUGCGAUAAAGGUACACUUGACGCCAUCGCUCUCUCCUCGCAGCCCAUCAACGGCUCUCUUCCCAUCGACCUUUACUCAAACGCGGUCAACACGCUCGUCAAGAAACACGGCAUCUUCCUCAUCACCUCGUGCAACUUUACCGAACAAGAACUCACCGCCAGAUUCACCUCAAGAGGCUUCCAAGUCCAACACGUCCUCCCUACCCCAUCCUUCACCUUCGGAGGCGCAAAGGGAUCCACCACCACCUCGAUCGCGUUCAUGAAGCUUUAA